AUGAGUAGGAAUACAAACUUGUAUCGGUAUGGUUCUACCAUAUGUGCUUACUUGUCUAUACUUUGCCAUGAAAGAAUAGGAACUGAAGUGACAAUGUACACUUGUGAAGACAUAAUCGUUAGUCACAAUGAUGAAAAUGAAUUACAAAUGUUGAAAACUGGGCUAAGAGAAUUUCUGUGUCGGAAAGUGCCAGAUAAUGAUGUUGUUUUCUUUCCAGUUUGUAAGAAUAGUCAUUGUUAUGUAAUUGUUGUUCUGACCAAACUGUAUACUGUAUUAUAUCUAGAUAGUUUGGGUUUAGUAAAACGGAAAGACUUAAGUUUUGUUAUGAAAAUAUUCAAGUUAUAUGCCAACUUCAAUGACCAAGAAUUUGAUGAAAAUCGAUAUAGCUAUUAUGCACCAGGUGUUUAUCGGCAAACAAAUGGUUACGAUUGUGGAGCUUAUGCAUGCAUGUUUGGAGAAGCAAUUAUUUUAGGGGACAAUUCUUCUUAUACAAUUCCAAUAAACGGUAACUUGGAGGAAUAUCGAAUACACAUUAAGGAUAAAAUAAUGGAGUAUAUGCAUAAAAAUUCCACAUUACCCAAUGACUUAUGA